AAAAUGUCCGAGGAGAUCAAGCCUUCUGCUCCAGAUGCGCCGACUGCUUCGCCAAUUGUGACCAGAGACGAGCAAAAUUUGGUUGUCUCAUUCCUUCAGUUUAUCCGCCAGAAGGUUUCACAAAAUCAGGCCACUGCCGAGCAAGCGGAAGCUCUUGAAGUUGCAAUUCAAUGUCUCGAACACUCGUUUGGUCUUGAUGAUGCCUCAUACGCUUUCCAACCAUCACGCCCAAUUCUCGAACUUUUCAAGAGCGCCGAAGGACUUCCAGAGGGAGAAUCUGCUCUUCCAACACCGAGCGAUAGUGAUAUUUCUCAAGCUAACAAGCUUAAAGAAGAAGGAAACGAUUUAAUGAAAGCCUCCCAAUUUGAAGCUGCUGUUCAAAAGUACAAUGCCGCCAUCAAGCUCAACAGAGAUCCAGUCUACUUCUGUAACCGCGCUGCUGCUUAUUGCCGCCUGGAACAAUAUGAUUUGGCCAUCCAAGAUUGUCGUACAGCUCUUGCCCUUGAUCCAUCUUACUCAAAAGCUUGGGGAAGAAUGGGUCUUGCAUAUUCUUGCCAAAACAGAUAUGAGCAUGCCGCUGAGGCAUACAAGAAGGCUUUGGAGCUUGAACCAAAUCAAGAGAGUUACAAGAAUAAUUUGAAAAUUGCUGAAGACAAAUUGAAGGAGCUGGAAAGCUCGCGACCGGCACCAGGUGCCAAUCCAUUGGCUGGGCUUUUGGGAGCCAUGGGAGGAGGACCGGGAGGAAUGCCGGCUAUGCCAGGAAUGCCAAACAUGCAAAACCUUAUGAACGAGCCAGGACUUAUGCAAGCUGCUUCACAGAUGAUGAGCGAUCCAGCACUUUCUGAUAUGUUCAACAACAUGAUGUCUGGAAAUGGAUCAAUCGCUGAUUUGAUGGCUGCUGGCCAGCAAAUGGCUGCUCGCAUGCAAGAGACCAAUCCAGAACUUAUUGAAAAUCUUCGACGCCAAUUCGGCCCCGGAGCCGAUGGAGGAGCACCACCACCAAACCCACCACAAUAGAUAAUCUCUUCCGCCAAUCUCCUUCCGCAUCACGAAUUUCCAUUUCGUUAUCUCUCUCUCUCUCUCUUUCCCCUUCUCUCGUCUUUACUUUCUGCUCUCAUGUGAUUUGAAAAAGCCGAAGUCGCUUAUGGUUACUCGUUUUUUUUAGUUUCUCUCGCAGAAUUUCCCCUUACAAUGAUGAUGUUAUAAUCGCCCCCGAUUCAAGCCUUAUCGAAAUAUUGUUUUUAAUUAGAUGGUCAUGUUUUAACUACCAACAAAAAAUUGGGUCAAUUUUCUUUUUUUUCACGAAUAAUAAAUAUUGUCGAAAU